AAAAACAAAGAAAGUGGGCAUAGCAACGACAGUACUUACUUUCCAAUCACCUCGCACAGCUCGUAGACAUCCUCGAACAGCACGUCGUCGUCCGCCAUGGUCAUACAGGUGCAGCGGUUCCUGUGAUGCAGGUGCGGGGAACCAGGUGGAAUUUCCUCAGGUGUGGGAGGAUAAACCCAGAGAUGCGUUGGUGAUGCCCCCUAGAGAAUUGCAGCCACAAAGAAACAAAAAGAAAGAAGGCUUGGACUGAUAGCUACUCAGACUCCUGGGAAAGCGCGAUGUUCAAAUUUGUUUCCGGUUUCAUUCGGUAGGCCAGACAUGGAACGACAUCAUAACAGUGUGGUGAGGACUCCCCUCAACAGUGUUGUAGUUCAGAGGAGGAGCAAAAGCAAGAGCUACAGGCAGUCGUACCGCAGCUGCUUAGGUGCCGGUUCACGGCUCGGCUUAACUCCAGCGUUUACAGCUCGGAGACUCAACGCCAGCAGAAGAGCUAAAAGGUCACACAAUAUCAACGAGAAGGUGAAUUCAGAGCAGCUGGCCUUGCUGUUGAAAACGGAGUGGAAGCUGUCGUACGUUACUCCUCUGUAUCAGUUCAGUCAUACCCAGCUGAAGAGCUACUCCAGGCAGCUCUCAGCAUUUAUUGCUGCAGAGAAGCAGCAAGGUCUGGCAGUGGAAGUGGAAGGAUCACAGAGCAGCUUCAGAGUGUCCUUCUCUGUGGUGCAGGGAAUGACCGAGACCGAUGACGAUGCUGAGACCAUCCUCAUACAGAUCCAUUCGAAGCCUUUGUUUAGUAGGCAGGACGACCCCCAGAGGUCAGUAUGGAGCGGCUGGCUGACCUGCAUCAACGGCAACCCCGAUUACCUGCACUCACUCCCGAAAGACUUCAUCUGCCUGCCGCUCUUCGGCAGCAGUGGGUCCGACGUUCUCACUACUUUGGUCCAUUCGUGGUUCCAGCAGACAUUUGACUGUUGCUUUGGGCCCCUGGAAAUCAGCCAUACCAGCCUACAAUGGCUGGUGGCAUUAUGGACUAACUGCCACAGUGAAUCCAACAUCCAGCACCUGAAAAUGAUUUGGACUCUUCCAGUUGUGCCACCACUGCAGAUCACCUACACAGUAAACCCCCAAGACGCCUGGGAGCUGUGGAGCAGUGUGAGAAAGGAUCCACAGGAGGAGAAUGAGGAAGGGGAAGGGGAGGAGGUGGAGAAGGGGAGUAGUAUUGAUAUUAAGGACGUGAUGAGGUUCAUGCAGGGGCUGAAGAGCCACUUCUACAGACACUUCAGGCUGGAUCUCUCAGCAGGAAGUCUGAAGCAGGUCUCCACAGCACUGGGUUCAGCCAAGUACAGCGGCAAGAUCAAGAUCUCCAACAGCAGAUACAUGAUCACCACCCUGACACUACUGACAGAGUGUGCCCUCCUCAAAAUGCCCAUCUGAAGAAUAAAGACUUGCAAUAGCAGCAUUCAAUUGAAAAACAGUUACUGCCUGGAAAGACUGGACAUGCAGCUCUAUAUUACAGUCCUUUUUUUUAAAACUAUGCUACUUUUUUUUUUUUUAAAUUAAAGUAAACCUUUUUUUCACAACAUGAAAUGGAAACACAUUUUUCACAAUAUUAUCUCUAAUGAAAGAAACCACAGAUUCCUAUUCUGGCUAUACUUUCCUGUCAUUAUCCAAAACCUAAACAGCAAUUAAAUACAGGUAAUCUUGUGGCCAUAAUAACUAUUAUGUAUUGAGGAAAAUGUCCUUGUGUUACGAGUUUACCAUGUUGUCUACUUUGCCUGCUGUGCUGGCAAACAUUCUUAGGUUCCACCCAUUCUUGUAAAUACUAUACUGUAUAUAUUAAUGUUGUUGCUUACAUAAUUUAGUCAUUUAUAGUUGUAAAUAAAAGCAAAAAAGGACAAUGUGAUGAUUAACAGCCUGACUCUAUUGGUUCAGGAUAGGUUCCGAUUUUUUAAAUCUUGUCAGGUGCCCAGCUGGCCAUUGAGAGCCACACAGUCGUUUUGUACAAAGAUGUAUUCGAAAGUUUAUCUGAAGUUAGUAUGAGGCUCCAACAGUCCGGGUUGACCGAUUAAAGUGGAUAUUUUCCAAAGUUACGGUCCUUUGAGUGCAAAAUCCCACUAAUUGCUGCUAUUCCUAUAGUAGCAAAAAUACUGCAGUACCUAUAGUAUGUAUACUAAGUAUGUUUGUGUCUGUGAAUCGAUUUUAUUACGUCAUUGUAUCUAUCCUAUUCCAGUGGUUAA